AUGUCUUCCGACGGAGAAAAGGUCUCCAAGAGGGCCGAAAGCCCCGUUGCCGACUCUGAAAAUGAUGGCGGCAACACUGAUGGUCUUCAUCGCCGACUCAACAACCGGCAGGUUCAGCUCCUCUCCAUCGGAGGCACUGUCGGUACCGGUCUCUUCAUCGGUAUCGGUGCCGGUUUGGCCAAGGGUGGCCCCGGAAGUCUCCUCGUCUGCACAGCUCUCUACGCCAUGGUCCUCGGUCUCACCAACAACUCUAUCGCUGAAAUGAACACUUAUAUGCCUGUUUCUGGUGGUUUCAUCCGUCUCGCUGGCCACUGGGUCGACGACGCUCUCGGUUUCAUGGUCGGCUGGAACUUCUUCCUCUACGAGGCCCUUCUGAUCCCUUUCGAAAUCGUCGCUUUGAACCUGGUUGUCUCAUUCUGGAGUGAUAACGUUACGCAAGCUGGUCCAACCGCUGGCUUCAUCAUCGCUGUCAUUAUUGCUUACGGUGUGCUGAACUUACUCGCUGUUGGUGUCUUUGGUGAAGCUGAAUUCUGGCUGGCCCUCGGCAAAGUCUUGCUCAUCUUUAUCCUCUUCAUGUUUACCUUUGUGACUAUGGUUGGGGGUAACCCUCAGGGCGACGCUUACGGCUUCCGCUACUGGUCCAACAUGAGUGAUGCAUUCGCUACGUUCCGAUCUGAGGGUGAUUUAGGCCGUCUCGAGGGCUUCAUGGGUGCCCUGGCCUCCGCCGCCUUUUUCGUUGUCGGUCCCGAUUACAUCUCCAUGGUUGCCGCUGAGGCUAAGCACCCUAGCCGAUAUGUCAAGACUGCCUUUAAGACUGUCUACUUCCGAUUCGGUCUCUUCUUUAUCGGCGCUGCCCUGACUUGCGGUAUCGCUCUUAGCCACAGCGAUCCCACUCUCGUUGGCGUCCAUCUGGGAGACGGCUCUGGUCACGGCACCGCUGCCGCUUCUCCUUGGGUUAUCGCUAUGGCUAACCUUGGUAUUGAGGGACUGCCCCAUCUCGUGAAUGCCCUGCUUUUCACCACCAUCUUCUCCGCCGGCAAUACCUACACCUACUGUGCGACCCGAUCUCUGUACAGUUUGGCCCUCGAGGGACGUGCCCCCCGCUUCCUUCGCAAGACCACCAAGAAUGGUAUCCCUAUCUACUGUUUCGCCGUCACCAUGGUCUUCCCCCUGCUUGCCUUCCUCCAGCUCGACAGCAGCUCCGCUGAGGCUCUGACCAUUCUUCUCGCCCUUAUCACUGGUGGAGGUAUUGUGGAUUACAUCACCAUGAACAUCACGGUCCCUUAGGGUACCGCGCUUGCAAGGCCCAGGGCAUCGACCCCUUGACAAUGCCCUAUUUCGGUUACUUCCAGCCUUACUGUGCCUGGAUCGCCCUCAUCCUCCACACCAUCGUCUGCUACACUUACGGCUACACCUCUCUGGCUCCCUUUAACGCCAAGAACUUCUUCUCCAACUACACCAUGCAGAUCAUCGCUCCGUUCAGCUACCUCGGCUGGAAGCUCAUUCACCGAACCAAGAUUGUCAAGCCAGAGGAGUGUGAUCUCGUGUGGGAGCGCCCUGCAAUUGACGCUUACGAGGAGCGCGCCAUGAUCGUUGACCCUCCCACCGGUUUUUGGGAGGAGAUCAUCGGUCUUGUUGGUAUCAAGAAGAACAAGAACAAGAGCGCAGCUGAGGCGCAGGUCUGA